AUGGCAACGAAGUUGAAAGUUCUGGAUCUUUCCGACCCGAAUCCUUAUCUGACGAAACUACCUGAAUUCCCGGAAUCCGGGAGUCUAGAGCUGUUGAACAUUAGCAAUUUCGCGUACCUGUUUCUCUUGAGUUCUUAUGUGGAGCUGGAUAUGAGGAAUUUGCUGAACUUGAAAGUGUUGAACCUGAAUAACUGUAAACUGAGGAAGAUUAAAGGUGGAACCUUGGGAAUGAUGAAGGGGCUUCGAGAGCUCGAUCUCACUAACAUCAAGUUCAUAGAGGAUGGGAGCGAAUGGCUGGCUGACAUUGGGGAACUGCCAUUGCUCGAAAUCCUGAGAGCCGAAGAGGCGUCGUUUGAUGAGUAUCGUCAACAUGAAGUGCUGGCAGGGAUCAAGCUCCCUACAAGUUUGAAGGUGCUGACCACUUCAUCCGCGCUGGCCAACCUCGCAGAGCUGCUACAGUUGCGAGAACUCAGGAUCAUCCGGUGUAGGACGAGGGUGGUGAUCCCGGAGACCAGCACAUUGUGGUGGAAGUCGUCCAAGUUGGAGUCUUUGACACUCUUUUACUCUCGCAACCUUAUCAUGGCCCCUAAUGCUACCCUGCUUCCGUCGUCUCUGACCAUGCUCUCGAUCCACUUUACAACUUUGGAGUGGCUCCCGAACUUGGAGAAUCUGGAGAACCUGAUCGAAUUAAUACUCAAUAGCUGUUUUGAACUGAGAGAGAUCCAAGGGCUUGGAAGGUUGAAACGGUUGCAGUCGCUCACGAUUGAUUCUGCAAGUCGUUUGACUUGUCUGGAGGGGCUUGGGGAUCUCAUGUCUGGUUCUAACUGCAAGCUGGCCAAGUUAACGAUGCUGGACUGCCCUCUGCUAACUACUGCACUAGUUGAUGACUGCCGAAGUGCACUCGACGUCGUUCACUCUUUCCAAGAAAUGCACAUUGAUGGAUGUCCACGGUUGGAUGGUGGCUCCAUACCCCGACUAUCAAAACUGCCGAGGCUUAAGAUCUUGCGAAUUGGGGGUAUAUCGAGGUUCGAUGGCGAUCACGAUGGAUCAGCACUGCUGGAGGGGCUUGGGGAACUCGACCAAUUGGUUGAGCUGGAGUUGGUUAGGUUGCCAACUGUAGAGAGGCUACCAUCCUUGUCGAAGCUGAGGCAGUUGAGGCGCUUGGUUUUGUGGGACAUUCCAAAUCUGCGGGAGGUUGACGGGCUUGAUGGCUUGAAGUCACUGAAGAGGCUAGUUCUAGCCCAAUGCAAGUCUCUGGAGAGAUUCCCUGCAGCAAGUCUUCCUUCUACAUUGGUAAGGAUGAUAUUGGACCUUCGAGGAUGCACCAACUUCACCUCCGAUCUCUCCUCCUUAGAUGUCAGCGGGAGCAAUGUGACCAUCCGGUGGCCACAUGAACCAAUCACUCGGUACCCCAACCCUCGACCUGUGCAAAGGUUUUUCGACAACUAG